CACCCGUGGGGCCACACAGCCUCUGGGCUCCCCACAGGACCAGCCCAGACUGAUGUGGGCUUCAGGGGUAUGCGCUGACCUGUGCAAGGGGACCCUGGGCUCCCAAGUAAAGGGGUGCCUCCAAGGGCUGGAGAGACUGCUCCCCUCUCACCUGCCAUCUUCCAUCCAGCUCCUGGGGUCCUGGUACGUGCUUGCCAAGGCCUCCGGGGAAAAGGACUUUGCGGUGGAGAAGGCCACGAAGAACAUCGAGGGGGUCGUGGUGACCCUCACUCCAGAAAACAACCUGAAAAUGCUGUCCUCCCGGCACAGGCUGGAGAGAUGUGACUUGAACGUGGUGGAGCUGCUGAGACAAGCCUCUGGCUGGGUGUUUGAGAAUCCCGCGCUGGGCGUGGUGGAGUUCCGGGUGCUGAGCACCAACUUCAGGGACUACGCCGUCGUCUUCACCCAGCUGGAGUUCGCUGAUGAGGCCUUCAGCACCGUGGAGCUCUACAGUCGGUCGGAGCUGGCCAGCCAGGAGGCUGUGCACCUCUUCGCCAAGUGGAGCAAGGGCCUGGGCUUCCUGUCACAGCAGCAGGCCCAGCUGCAGAGGGACCUCACCUGUGCGCACAAGGCCUUCCAGUGAAUGCUGUGGCUCCCCGGGCAUGGUGCCUGCCUUGUCCGGGUGGAGGCUGGCCAGGGCCUGCCCUCCUCACCCGGCCGCCGGGUGCUGGGCCUCAGGCUGGCUGUUCCCAGGGGCUCUCGCUGUGGAUCCCAAUAAAGCCAUUCCACAAACCA